AUGGGGACGGACAUCUCAUGCACGGGUGAGCAACUUCUCGCAGAUGCCGGCGUUGGCGAUCACGAUAUCGAGGCGGCUGAUGCCGUGCCCUGUCUGGAGGGUCUCGAUGGCGGCAGCUGGAUCGGUGUGAGAGUUUGCGUCGACUUUCGCUACUAUCAGUCAAGAUCAUUCGCCCUUAGAAAGAGGUUGUAG